UUUCUUUGGCAAUGGAUCUACCGGUAAUAUAAUCAACGCAUGUCAGGAUCCGCGACAGUGCUGUGUCAAUCUCCACACAAGUCCAUUCCCUCGCAAUCUGGAGUCGCGUUCAAUGGCUUUGGUACGGUUUAUCCCGGGCGUGCCAUCCCGGACUACUUCGACCACAGACAAUACUUGUUACAGUCAGUUCGCGUGUACGCACAUAUGUCCGCACGUGGACAGAAUGGGAGACGCUAUGAUGUCAUUUCCACGCUCACAUUCCGGUACCUUUGA